AUGGAUGAAAUUUAUAAGAUCGCCUCCACAGAGAGGAUCCAGCAGCUGGAAAAAGAAAUGGAGGUUCAGCUGGCUGAGCUUAAGACAGAAAUACAAGAACAUGGAGCUCUUAGGAGAUCGCCUCAUAGGGUGUUCAGUUCUGUCCGAUUACCAAAGGAUGUUUCUUACUUUAGAAAAGAAAGGGAACUGGCAUUAAGGAAAAGCUUACAGGUGGCUGAAUCAAAGCCCCUUGUUAUUCAAGCAGAUGUCCUGCAGAGGGAGCUAGAAAGCUGUUUGAGAAAAGAGCACACAGUUGAAAACUUACCUUUACUUCUGUACCAGUUUUACACAGAGAGAAUGGUCCAGUUGGUCCAGAGCAAAUACUUACACAUGCUUAGGUGGAAGACGUUCUGCCAGCAAAGCAGUGUCAUGGAACAACUUUAUCCUCUUUACCAGGAGCAAGUUGGGCACAUUAUGAAGGAGUACAAUGAUGCUGUUCAGAGAGCUGAGAGGCUGGCAGUUGCCCGAGAAAAUUUACUCAUGGGAAAGAUCAAUCCUGGACAGUUGGUAACACAGGAAGACCUAGCUAUCUAUACCAAAUGGCUAGUGUGUCACCUUCAUUCAGUUAGAGACAUUCACAGCUACCUGAGGGUGCUACAGUACCUGCCUAUAUCUGACAGGUUGGAAGUAGCCGUAGAGGAACACCCUGAUCUGGAUCAAGAAAAUGGAGAUGUGCACACCAGACAUAUAGACCCUGAGUCUCAGUCUAUUCACAGCCAGAGUUCUGGCUAUCCAGCUUCUUCAGGAACCAGCACAUCAGGAUCAACCAGAGAAGAAGCUACCCCUAUUUUGCCUCACCAUAAAACAGAAGCAGUACAACUGAAGCCUCAGCUAGAACUCCUUUUGUCUCAUUUCAAUAUCUGCUAUAACACAGAGAAGCUAAAGAAUUCUGCUGAUGAGAUGGAACUCUUUUCCAUGGUUGUUCAGAAGUUUCAGAGCAUCUUCCAGAAGCAACAAAGAUUGAGAAUAUUUCCAGUGUAUGAUGUUAAGGACAUUAACGUCCCAAACCAGGCUUUAUUAAAACCUAGCAUGACCUUUAAAAAGACAGCCGACUGGAUUACCUUCAUAAAGAUUACGCCAAAACGUGAUCCUUGGCAGCAGAAGCUUUUGACCAAACUAAAGGAACGAAACAGAAUAGAUGCAUUGAUGCAGCUGCACACAAAGUUCCUGAAGGUUUCCAACCCUCUGCGAGUGAUGAAGGCACUGCAGGCUCAUGCAUCAGCAACCCUGGAGCCACCUUCAGGGCUUCAUUCCUUUGGGAAUUCCCAGGAUUUGAACCAGUGUACCUAUGACCAAAUCUGGGAGGAAAUUUAUAGCAACAUCAACCUUCACCAGGGAGAAAAUACAGAAGAGGAAGAUCUUUCUGUGGGUGGCAGUGACCCUGCUGGACCCCAAAUCAGUCUCAACCAAUGUGCUGGGGGACUUUCGAGGAAGAAGAAACAAAUAGGGUAUAGUUACCUAGCAACCCUACAAUUGCUGGGACUAGAUGAAGGUAAUGAUACUGGAGAUAAAAAUCCUGUCAUGAUGAGAGGAGCCUAUCUAUCCUUCUUGUAUCUUCGGCACCUAAAAAUCAGAGAGCUACAGCGUAUCUGCUUAGGAAUUCUGAAUUAUUUCAGAUCUGUAGAGCGAACCCUAACAAUCCACACCUCAGGCCUUACCUUGAAUUCAGGGAAUUUAGUUUCCAGUCAUGAAGAUGCCUUUCGGGUAAAUACUGCAAGAGGAGGAAGUACUAGUACCCUUUCUCACCACCAUGUACAUUAUACACCAGCAGACCACAAGGUCCAGAAUGCCCAAUUCAUGGAAUUCUCAGAAGUGGAGCAUCAGGAUGACUUCUAUACUAUGAAAGAUGGAUACAUCCAUGUCCAGGACCAGCAGGGAGCUUACGUGAUGUAUGAUUGUGCCUUACAAGAUCUGGAAGAACUGGAGAGCCAGCUACUACUCCUAGUGAGCCAUUACAUCGAGAGAGAGAAAAGUCACAAAGGGAUCCAUGAAUUCAGGGACAGCAGCCUCCCAGCAUGGGCCCAUGCAAGUGUGGAUCGAUUUGAAGUGAUGUUUGACAUAUGGACUUGGGAGGCCACUCUUCUAGAAAACAAAUGUCAGCUUCUUGACAUUUACUUUGAAGUUUAUCAACACGUCUUUGAUCAAGAAGAAAGAAUUGCCUUGGCACAGGUGAUGACAGACAUCAUAUACCACCGCCCCAGGUUUGAUUUUAGCCACCCUUAUUUUGGGAAGAUCUACAGGGAUGAGUGCAUUAACCUAAGGCUUCAUCUGCAGCUGCUGAGGGACAUAUUCAACAGACAUAUAGAGUCACAACGGAAAUAUAUCCAAAGAAUAUGGCGAGAUGGUCAGAAAAGCAGUAUUAAUGAAUUUGGACUUCCUCCAAACAUAAUUUGCAAACAACUUAUCUCUAUUAACAACAGCUGCCCAACUUUAAAAAACAUUUACCUGUUGGAGUUCCAUCCUUCCCUGGGCCUGGCCUCCCUCAUCCCCACAGCUCUGCAGCACCUCUUCCGGGAGUUUCGCCACAUCUCCAGGCCCCGAACGGCUCAUGGCAUCACCCUUCUGGAGAAACAGGUGCUCCAGCUGGCCCUGGAUAUGUGGCAGUCUGGGAGGAAGCCCGAGUCUCUCUACAGUGCCCAGCUUCAGAAAGAUUUAUUUUCAGAUGCAGUGAUGGGAGAUCCCUUUCUCGUGGUUGAGACAGGCAGGCUGGUUCUAGACUCUGCAAUAGGGGAAGGAAAGAAACAAAGCAAAGAUUCUCAAGCUUUUCUUCUGGAGACCUUCUCUAGACUUUUGGAGCUCUUGACUCUCCGCCACCGACUGAUAGAAAUAAGCGUAGAAAGCGCGCACUUGGCAUGGCUCUACAAGAUAUUUGCCCAAGAGAUGGGUUUUGAUGAGUUCCAUUUAUACUUGAGGCCAGUCUACUUUGAAUUCUCAUCACAUAAGGAGAAGGCAGAGCAACCACCUCCAACAUUCAUUACAACUCUCCUGGAAGAUAAUAGUCGAGUAGACAGAUAUGCUCCCUCUACACUUCCAUUGGCCAUCUCUGAAGUAGAUAAUAAUCAUGUUGGAAAAUUUAGUUUUCACAAAAAGGAAAGUAUUUUUCAGCUCUUGUUACAUUCUGGAGUGGAAAACAUGCAAGUGACACUCGCUUGCCAGACUGCUCAGAAAAAUGCUCUCAUGGUCACUGUCCAGCAGGCUGCCUUCUGCCACAGUCCACAGUCCAUCUGCCCAGUGGACAGACAGGAAGGAAGUUCUCAUCUGAGGAGCCAUGAGAGGACAGGUUCCACCCAUGGAAGGAGCAGCACUGGGAAUGGUAGAGAAAGCACAUCUUUGGCCUUCGAAGACUCAGGCUCAGUCUUCCCCUCUUCUCCAGGAGCCCAGGCUACUAAAAGGAUGCCAGAGGCUUUUGUGUCUAUUCAACUGGAAAAGCUGGGACUACGUGACAUGAUGCUGAGUACCUUCCUCCAAAGGAAGGAGACCAUGAGCAAACGAGUGAAGCCUGAUGAAAUUGAGAAAGUCAAGCAGGAAGUGAUUGUAGAAUACUGUCAGAAGCUAAAUCAUCGCAUGUCCCAGUACUCUCUCCGGGGCCAGAUCAUCACUUACUGCAAUAGCCUAAGAGCCCUGCUGGAAGACUUCCCUACCAUCAGAAGUACCUUCUUCAUGAUUGGGCAGUCACAAGAGAGAAAAGGAGAGAGGGACUCCAAGGAAGGUCUCCAGGCUAACCCCAGUAGGAAUUUUCAGCCCCGGCCACGAUGCUUGUUGUCCUCUGAUGGAAGAACCUUCCUCAAUUUAUGGUUCAUACCCCAUCACUUGGAAGUGUUGAUCAUGUUCAAAACUCUUCCAGAAAAGGCAGCCUUGAGGGCCCUCAAGCUCACUUUGAGGAUUAUAGCCUCCUUGCAUGACAUCGUCGCCUAUCUCUUCAGCUUCGCUAAACUUGGAAGUGGCAAGGAACCUUUCAAUCUUCCUCUAAGUCCCAAACCACUCAAAGCUGACUGGGGAGGGAUAGAAGGCAUUGGGGCUGAACUUAGAGAUGUACAGAGAAUGAUUGACAGUCUUCAGAGCCCCCAAGAUCCCAACCAAGUAGCCCAGUCACUGAUGAUCAGAAGAGAAGUUAUGUUUCUACAGUUCGACACAGCCGUGAGACACCUUAUCCCAGGAACAUUUUUGCUUGCUGGAAACAUUUCUGCCUACCAGACUGUCACAGAUUCCUUAUUCCACGGGUUACAGCCAAUGAACAACUCUCUUGUAAAGUCUGUGUUUGCUUCACAAUUCUGCCUUCCUCGGCCCCUCGAUCCACAGAGCCACCAGGCAUUUGUGCUGUUUCCUUGGAGGACAUUCUUGGCAGAUGGAGGACCAUUUCCUGUUCUCCUCAGCAGCCCAGACCCCCUUGAGUAUAAUAUGCAGCUAUGCCUGUGUGGCCUGAAGGAUCAAGACCGAAAAGUAGCUCACGGGGAGCUGACAUCCGUACAGUUACUGAUGGAGGAGGUGCUCCUGUGCAGCUACGAUAGAAUGACGGAGGAUCCCCAAGGACCCUACACAUCACUAGAGAAACACAAGCAGUCCAAAGUGAUCAAAAUGGCUGAAUUAAGUGGAAAUCCAUCAUGGGGCAGCCUGAGGACUUCUAGAACCCUUGAGAAGCAGCGGGAUCCACUGCCAGCCUAUGCCUUCCUCAGAUCUUUUCUUAUUAUCUGGAAGCAGCUUGAAGUACUAAAGGAGGAAUGGGGUCGGCUCAAACUGAGGGUGGCAGACAUCAACACAGUUGCUCUAUAUCAACAGUUUUUGGAGCUCUAUGGAGCUGAUAUUCUUUACCCCACUAUGAAAACUAUAGCCAGGCAGAUGGGUAAAGAAGAUGAAUUCGAAGGACUAGUAAUAAGUUGUCGGUCUAUACUUCCUCCCAAAGGAGCUUCAGAAGUUGAAAUCAAAACCCGCCAGCUUCAAAAACUUCUGGAAAAUCUUGAAAUUCAUAUGAUCCAUGAGGUAUUAAGAAAAGUUAACAAAGAAAUAGCCUUAGUUAUGUCAGAAAAAGCUAAAGAAGACUCUGGUCUCCCUACAGGUAAGUUGGACUCAGUGACCUUUGAGAGCUCUCCCAACUCUUACAUUUUUGCCCUGCAUUUUACCUGUUUGUUGCUAUUUGGUUUCCAGGAACUAAACACAGUAAGAACAGCUCAAAGUCCACCUGAAGAAAAUGUCCAUCAGGUAUCGGGGCUCGUGCAGGAUAUGAUCUUGGAAGUCACUGCUCUUAGAGCCAGGAUCACAGAUCUAGAAGAUGAGAAUCUCAACCUCAAGGAAAAAAUAAGAAAAGAAGUCCAAGAGGAAUAUGAAGCCUUAGUACAAGCCUUAUUUGUGACCUGUUUACACAUCAAAGAGAAGCUGGAUGAACAUCAGCUGAAAAUGAGCCGGAAAGUGUGUGACCUCAUUGGUGAAGUGAGAAGAGAAGGGGUUGACAGGAUGAUUGAUCUGAAGAAAAAACUUGGCUUCAGCAAAGCUGCUAAUGUAUCGAAAGAAAAUUUAGCCAAAGAGCAGCUUCAGGCCUUACAGGAGGAAAACAGACGCCUGGAGGAACUGGUGAGCAAGGGGAAGGCCAUCAGCCACUGGAGACUAACCGUGCAGGAGCGGCGGCUCCAGGGGCAGCUAAGAAACACCCAAGAGGAAGCUACUCAAAACAAAAAAAAAUAUUUGCAAAUUAAGAUAGUGGCAGAACAUGAGAGAAUUUUACUGCAACAACAAUUACUGGCUUUAAGGAAGGCCCUGGCCACAUUUCAAGCUAAGAAUUCAAAGAUGGAGAAGCAGCUUGACAUACAGAAACAGUUGUUGAAGGAAUUUGAAUACAAAAUGACCCAUGAAACUCUAACUAGGCAGCAGUUGGAUAUAAUGAAAACAUCCAGCAUGGGGAAAUUCUUGGAGGACAUGGAGAAGAAAGAACAAAGACUCUUUCUCCUAACUGAGGAAGCAGAAAGAUCUUCUAAGAUGGGCCAACUUCAACAAAAGAAAAUUAAGAAAGAAAUUCAACAGAUAAGAAGCCAGCUUGCCCAAGAACGAAGUUUAAAGUUGGAUGCUUUCCAGCGGGUAGAUGAACUGCAGAGUCAGCUUUAUGAUAUAGAAAGUGCAUCAGUCCAAAUAAACUCAUUGGGAGGCCUUCCCUCAUGGGCUAAUCCUACUCGAAGCUCAGUCUCUACUCCAUGCAAGUAUUCCCAGUCAUGCCUUUUAAAGUCUGAGCUGAAAAGCAGUGAAAUAAAAAGGAUUCAAAGACCCAGGACGGUACCCACUAAAUGCAGAAGAAGAGAAGCUUGCUUACCCAACGUGACUGAGACCGUUCAGCCAACAGGUGUGCGAAUCUCUACUGCUCAGCAGCCCACAUCCCUGCCCAGGCCCACACACCACUGGUAAUCACAGCUGCAUCUUUUCAAGUUCUAAAAGGAACUAUUCCCCUGCUUGAGUUUCUGAAUAAAGAU